AGCAAGCUGCUCGCAUGAAGAAGCUGCAGGAGCAAGAGAAGCGGCAGAAGGUGGAGUUCAGGAAGAGGAUGGAGCAAGAGGUGUCCCAGUUCAUCCAGGCCACCGGGGAGCCCCGGCGCCGGUUCCAGCCCAUGAACAAGAUCGAGAGGAGCAUCCUGCACGACGUGGCGGAGGUGGCCGGCCUGACGUCUUUCUCCUUUGGAGAUGACGAGGACAGUCGCUAUGUAAUGGUGUUCAAAAAGGAGUUCGCGCCGUCGGACGAGGAGCUGGAGGCGUAUCGGCGUGGGGAGGAAUGGGACCCGGCCCGGGCUGAAGAGCGGCGGCGCCUCCGGGAGCUGGCGGCACAGCAGGAAGAAGCGGAGCUUGAGCGCGGUCCCGCCCCCCCGGGGCCCCCCAACGACUACAAGGACAAAUACCGGCACCUGAUCGGCUCCGACGCCGCCAAGGCCGCCGCCCGCACCAUGGAGGCCAACAAGGCGUACGGCUGCG